AUGUUCUCUUGCUGUGUUCCUGCUCCUCGGGGCUCAGGCCUCAAAAAAGACAACAGAGAAGGUAAUAGGGGCAUCUGGAGGCACAGGGUUCUCUCUUGCCUUCUAUGCCUGUGGCCUUUUUCUCGAAAUAGGAAUAUCUUGACCAAAGAAAAUCAAGACUUGGACCUCACAGACCAGGGUGAGAAUACUUCCCCUCUACAGGAAGUGGGCGAGCUACAUGGAGAAUCACAGAACAGUGCAGAGACUGUGGUUAAACUUGGGAACAACCUGGUACCUUCUCUGCAGGAAGGGGACCCCUUCUUUUUCCCUGGCUGCCUGUCCACAUGCCAAAGAUUUGUCACCCCUCUACAGGCUCUAGACCUGCUGCAUGUCAAGUAUGCAAACUUCGGUCCUUAUUCUGAAGAGGAUGAACAAGUAAAGAACACCCUCUGUAGUUUUCUGGACACAUGGAUGGACAAGAACCCUGAGGAAUUUUGUGAGCCCACAGAUGUGCUGACUCUAAAAUAUCUAAAGGCCUCUUACAUUGUCUUCAUGGCACACUCAGAUCUAAGUGUCCGUGUCAACAGGAUCCAGACCAUGUUGCAAAAAAUAAAGGCCAAGGAUUUACAAUCUGAGGAUGAGGAAGACUCAGAUCUGGGGAUUUACAAAUCCUCAGAUCCUGAGAUUCAAUGGGUGUAA